UCUCAUUUAACCCUGCUUGUCCAUUAUUGUUCCAUGUAUUCUCUGAUGAAGAUCUCAUAGACCGAAAGCUUGCGAAAGUGAAAUUUGCACUCUGUGACUGAAGUGGAGAUUGACAUUACGGAGGCCCUCUAGGAGGCCCCUCCAUCUCCCCCACCAUCUCCUCCUCCUCCCCGCUUUCAUCUCUCUUCCCUGCAUCCCUAAACCCUCCCACGAUGGAUCUGAAGGAUCGGAGGCACCGCUCCCUGACGAGGGGUCGCUGCUCCAAAGACCCCCACUACAACACCUCCUCUCUGGAUGCAGAUGAUUGCCGUGUGCCCACCCAGAAGUCCUAUAGCUCCAGUGAGACCCUCAAGGCCUUUGACCAUGAGCAGAGGUUGCAUUAUGGCGGCUGUGUGACUGAUCUGGUGCACCAUGAGGCCGAUGAGUAUUCCAGGCCAGCGGGCAACUUCACCCUGGCUGAGCUGGGUGUGUGUGAGCCAACUCCUCCUCCCCACCCCGCUGCGGUUCCCUACUGUCCCGACUUGGGCCUGCUCCAGAGGGGUUACUCCCUCAGUGCUGGCUCUGAUGCCGACUCAGACCCCGAGGGGCCACUUUCCCCGGAGCGAGCCAUCCAGCUGUGGGCUGGAAGAGGUGGGGUGAAGUCCCGGCGCAGCUCCGGAGUGUCCAGUAGGGAGAACUCGGCUCUCACCCUCACCGACUCAGACAACGACAACAAAUCAGACGAUGAGUCAGGUCGCCCCCUCCCUCCAACCUCCUCCUCCUCCUUGCUCCCUCCGUCCCUGCCGUCCUCCUCCUCCGCCCCCCACCACCCCUCCCCUGGCCCGUCUCCACCGAUUAGGGAGUGCCAGGUGCCCCUGCUGGAGAAAAACUCCACCCACUCUCACCUGGAGCCUCGCCCAGAUGACUCAUACCUGCUCCGGGCCCAGCCCUCCUCCACGGGGGCGGCCAACCAUCACAGCCAAUCCACACUGCGGCCUCCACUUCCCCCUCCGCACAACCACCAGACCUUAUCCCACCACUCUGCCAACAGCCUGAACAGAAACACCCUUAGGGGGGGACGCAACCCAAUCCACGCCCCUGCGCCAGGCACCGGGGACGGGCCGACCACGCCUGAAUCAGUCCAACUACAAGACAGCUGGGUGCUUAACAGCAACGUCCCACUGGAGACCAGGCACUUCCUGUUUAAGACGUCAUCAGGGACCACCCCUCUCUUCAGUAGCUCCUCCCCUGGUUACCCCUUGACCUCUGGGACGGUGUAUUCUCCGCCCCCUCGCCUGCUGCCGCGAAACACCUUCUCCCGCUCAGCCUUCAAGCUAAAGAAGCCGUCCAAGUACUGCAGCUGGAAGUGUGCCGCAGUGACAGCCAUUAUAGCUGCUGCCCUGCUGGCCAUCCUCCUGUCCUACUUCAUAGCGAUCAACCUGCUGGGUUUGACUUGGCAGCUGAAGCCAUCCGACGGCCCUGUAUUGAACAAUGGACUGGGAGCUGGCCUGCCUGUCAACAGCGAUGUAGCCACGCUGCCCUCUGGAGGCAGAGGCCCAUGGGCAGGUCGUAACAGCAGUAUAGACACAGGCACCGUGGAGGUUGGGAGGAGGGUGACCCAGGAAGUCCCUCCAGGUGUAUUUUGGAGGUCCUUACUCCACCUCAGCCAACCCCAAUUCCUCAAAUUCAACAUUUCCCUCGGAAAGGAUGCUCUGUUUGGUGUUUACAUUCGCAAGGGCCUCCCCCCUUCACAUGCACAGUAUGACUACAUGGAGCGCCUGGACGGGAAGGAGAAGUGGAGCGUGGUGGAGUCUCCAAGGGAGAGGAGGAGCAUCCAGACAGUGGUCCUCAACGAGGCUGUGUUUGUCCAGUACCUGGACGCCGGCGCCUGGCACCUUGCCUUCUACAAUGACGGUCGGGAGAGGGAGACUGUGUCUUUCAGCACAAAUGUCAUGGACUCAGUGCAAGAGUGCCCGCGCAAUUGCCAUGGAAACGGAGAGUGUAAUUCUGGCGUGUGCCAUUGCUUCCCGGGGUUCCACGGCAUGGACUGCUCCAAAGCGGCAUGCCCGGUGCUCUGCAGUGGGAACGGCCAGUAUGACAAGGGCUCCUGUAUCUGCUACAGUGGCUGGAAGGGACCCGAGUGUGACGUGCCUGUCACCCAGUGCAUCGACCCCCUCUGCAGCGGCCACGGCACCUGCACUGACGGCAACUGUGUGUGCUCCAUUGGCUACAAAGGGCAGAACUGCGCUGAGGUGGAUUGCCUCGACCCGACGUGUUCCAACAACGGUAUCUGUGUGAAUGGGGAGUGCCACUGUAAGCCCGGCUGGGGAGGGCCACACUGUGAGCUGCCCAGGGCCCAAUGUCCAGAUCAGUGCCACGGCCACGGGGCCUUCAUACCGGACACUGGCCUGUGUAGCUGUGACCCCAACUGGAUGGGGCCAGAUUGCUCCAUGGAGGUGUGUUCAGUUGACUGUGGAACCCAUGGGGUGUGUAUGGGCGGAGCUUGUCGCUGUGAGGAGGGCUGGACUGGUGCCGGCUGUGACCAGCGUGUGUGUAACCCGCUCUGUAUCAAACAUGGAACCUGCAAGGACGGAAAGUGCCAGUGUCACCAGGGCUGGAACGGAGAGCACUGCACCAUUGAUGGCUGUCCUAACCUGUGUAAUGGGAACGGCCAGUGCACCAUGGGACAACAGAGUUGGCACUGUGAAUGCCAGACCGGCUGGAGGGGCCCUGGCUGCAGUGUUGCCAUGGAGACUUCAUGUGCUGACAACAAGGACAAUGAAGGAGAUGGGUUAACAGACUGCAUGGAUCCUGACUGCUGCAUCCAGAGUCCCUGUCAGAACAGUCCUCUGUGUCGGGGCUCCCGGGACCCUCUGCAGGUCAUCCAGCAGAACCCACUGUCCCAGCCUCGUGUCCGGUCCUUCUAUGACCGUGUCAAGAUGCUCGUAGGAAGGGACAGCACGCACAUCAUCCCUGGGGAAAACCCAUUCAACUCCAGUUUGGCAUCUCUUAUCAGAGGUCAGGUGUUGACUACAGAUGGAACGCCUCUGGUGGGAGUCAAUGUGUCCUUUGUCAACUAUCCGCAUUAUGGAUACACACUGACACGGCAGGAUGGAACGUUUGACCUGAUAGCUAAUGGCGGUGCAUCACUGACCCUGCGCUUUGAACGUGCCCCCUUCCUGAGCCAGGAGCGCACUGUGUGGCUGCCCUGGAGCCGGUUUUAUGCCAUGGACACCCUGGUGCUCAAGACUGAGGAGAACACGAUCCCUGGCUGUGACCUGAGUGGCUUUGUCAGGCCUGACCCCCUGGUGGUUGCCUCCCCUCUCUCCUCCUUCUUCAGCUCCAAGCCAGGAGAGAAGCCUAUCAUCCCAGAGACACAGGUGCUGCAUGAGCAGAUCGAGGUGCCGGGCACAAGUCUAAAGCUGUGCUACCUAAGCUCCAGGACCCAGGGUUACCGCUCCCUGCUCAAGGUGACCAUGACCCCAGCCGUGGUGUCCAUGGGCCUUCUAAAAGUUCAUCUGAUGGUGGCCGUGGAGGGGCACCUCUUCCAGAAGUGGUUCCAUGCCUCACCCAACUUGGCCUACACCUACAUCUGGGAUAAGACUGAUGCAUAUGGCCAGAGGGUCUACGGGCUUUCUGAGGCUGUCGUGUCUGUGGGCUAUGAGUAUGAAUCCUGUGCCAGUCUCAUUCUGUGGGAGAAGAGAACAGCCAUCCUGCAAGGCUUUGAACUGGAUCCCACCAAUCUGGGAGGCUGGUCACUUGACAAACACCAUAUACUCAACACCCGCAGCGGGAUCCUCCACAAGGGCAACGGGGAGAAUAUCUUUGUGACGGAGCAGCCCCCGGUAAUCACCAGCAUCAUGGGAAAUGGGCGGAGGCGUAGCAUCUCCUGCCCCAGCUGUAAUGGCCUUGCAGACGGUAACAAGCUGCUGGCACCGGUCGCCCUAGCAUCGGGCAUUGAUGGCAGCCUCUACGUUGGAGACCUUAACUUUGUACGCAGGGUCUACCCAUCUAUGAACACCACCAGCAUCCUGGAACUAAGGAACAAAGAUUUCCGGCACAGUAACAACCCAACCCACAAGUACUUCCUGGCUGUGGAUCCGGUAUCCGGGGCAUUGUUUAUCUCGGAUACCAACUCUCGUCGUAUCUACCGUGUUCGUUCACUAACGGGUGGCCGACUGCUGUCAGACAACGCUGAGGUGGUGGCUGGGACUGGAGAGCAGUGCCUGCCUUUUGAUGAGCGUUGUGGGGAUGGAGGCAAAGCCACCGAAGCCACACUUAUGAGCCCCAAAGGUAUCGCGGUGGAUAAAAAUGGACUAAUGUACUUUGUGGACGCUACCAUGAUCCGUAAGGUGGACCAGAACGGAAUCAUCUCCACUCUGCUGGGGGCCAACGAUCUGACUGCUGUACGGCCAUUGAGCUGUGACGCCAGCAUGGAUGUCAGCCAGGUGCGUCUCGAGUGGCCCACAGACUUAGCAGUGAACCCCAUGGACAACUCUCUGUAUGUUCUUGAAAACAACGUGAUCCUGCGCAUCACUGAGAACCACCAGGUGAGCAUCAUAGCAGGUCGGCCUAUGCACUGUCAAGUGCCAGGUAUCGACUACAGCCUCAGUAAGCUAGCAAUUCACGCCGCCCUGGAGAGUGCCACAGCCAUUGCUUUGUCCCACACCGGCAUCCUCUACAUUGCUGAGACCGAUGAGAAGAAGAUCAACCGAGUUAGACAGGUGAGCACUAACGGAGAAAUCUCUCUGCUGGCCGGUGCUGCCUCUGACUGCGAUUGCAAAAAUGACGUCAACUGCAAUUGUUUCUAUGGUGAUGAUGGCUACGCCCCUGAUGCUGGCCUUAACUCCCCAGCCUCCUUGGCUGUAUCUCCUGAUGGAACGCUCUUCAUCGCUGACCUCAACAACAUACGCAUCAGAGCUGUCCGAGCCAAUCGCCCUGGCCCAGCCGUCUCAGGUGUGGGGUUGGGAGGAUCAGGGGCAGGGCAGUAUGAGGUUGCAUCACCAAGGGAGCAGGAGCUGUAUGUCUUCAACGGGGAAGGGCUCCAUAUCCAGACAGUGAGUCUUGUGACUGGGGAGCCACUUUACAACUUCACUUACGGCCCUGACGGAGAGCUGGCAACACUCGUGGACAAUUGCAACAACACAGUCAAGGUGAGGAGAGAUGGACUAGGCCAGGGUGGAGGAGCUGGCCUGCUCAGACUGGUGCUACUACCAGAGAAUCAGGUGGUGACCCUGGGACUGGACCCUACCGGGGGCCUCCGCAGCGUCUCGGCCCUCAGCCAGGAGGUGGCUUUGCUGGGUUACAGCGGCAGCACGGGCCUCCUGGCCACCAAAGCCGACGAGACUGGAUGGACCACCUUCUACCAAUAUGACAGUGAGGGCCGCCUGACCAAUGUGACAUACCCCACGGGCAUGGUGACGAGUCUGCACCGCGAGAUCGAACGCUCCAUCACCAUUGACAUUGAGAGCUCUAGCAGGGAUGAUGAUGUCACUGUCAUCACCAACCUGUCCUCUGUUGAAGCCUCAUACACAGUAGUGCAAGACCAGGUGAGGAACAGCUACCAGUUAUGCAACAAUGGGACCCUAAGGGUGAUGUAUGCAAAUGGAAUGGGCAUCAGCUUCCACACGGAGCCACACAUCCUUGCAGGGUCUGUCAGCCCUACAAUUGGUCGUAGGAACAUCACCCUGCCCACUGACAAUGGCCUAAACUCCAUUGAAUGGCGUCUCCGCAAAGAGCAGACCAAGGGCAAAGUCACAGUGUUUGGCAGGAAGCUGAGGGCCCACGGACGUAACCUCCUUUCCAUUGAUUUUGACCGCAACACACGCACAGAGAAGAUCUAUGACGAUCACCGCAAGUUCACUCUGCGUAUCAUGUAUGAUGCUCAGGGCAGGCCAGCCAUGUGGUUGCCUAGCAGCAGCCUGGCAGUGGUAAAUGUUUCCUAUUCUACCACUGGACAGCUAGUUGGGCUGCAGAGGGGCAGUAUGAGUGAGAGGACUGAGUUUGACCCCCAGGGACGCAUCCUGUCUCGGUCUUUUGUGGACGGCAAGGUGUGGAGCUACAGUUACCUGGACAAAUCCAUGGUGCUGCUCCUCCAGAGCCAGCGACAGUAUAUCUUCGAGUUUGACACCUCAGGUCGGGUCACGGCCGUCACCAUGCCCAGUGUAGCCCGCCACACCAUGUUCACACACGUGUCAUUAGGUUACAUCCGCAACACCUACAACCCCCCGGAGAGCAAUGCCUCAAUUAUCCAUGACUUUAGUGAGGACGGCAGACCCCAGGCCACACAUUACCUAGGCACUGGCCGCCGUGUCCUUUACAAAUACGGCAAGCUGGCCAAGCUGUCAGAGAUUGUGUACGACAGCACUGCUGUCACUUUUGGCUACGAUGAGACAGCCGGUGUGCUGAAGAUGGUCAAUCUGCAGAGUGGGGGCUUCUCUUGCACCAUUCGCUAUCGCAAAAUGGGACCGCUGAUUGACAAGCAGAUCUACCGCUUCAGUGAGGAGGGAAUGGUCAAUGCCAGAUUCGACUACACCUACCACGACAACAGCUUCCGCAUUGCCAGCAUGAAACCAGUUAUCAGUGAGACGCCACUGCCUGUUGACCUCUACCGAUAUGAUGAGAUCUCUGGCAAGGUGGAGCACUUUGGAAAGUUCGGGGUCAUUUACUACGACAUCAAUCAAAUCAUCACCACAGCCGUUAUGACACUGAGUAAGCAUUUUGACACCCACGGGCGCAUCAAGGAGGUCCAGUAUGAGAUCUUCCGUUCACUUAUGUAUUGGAUGACAGUGCAGUAUGACAGCAUGGGACGGGUGGUGAAGAGAGAGCUAAAAAUUGGGCCCUACGCCAACACCACUCAGUACCGCUAUGAAUACGAUGGAGAUGGACAGCUCAGCGGUGUCAAGGUGAAUGACUGGUCAACGUGGCGCUACAGCUACGACCUGAACGGUAACCUCCAUCUGCUGAAUCCCGGAAACAGCGCCCGCCUCAUGCCACUCCGCUAUGACCUCCGAGACCGCAUCACUCGUUUGGGAGACGUCCAGUACCGCCUGGACGAGGACGGUUUCCUCAGCCAGCGUGGUUCCGACGUCUUCGACUAUAACUCUAAAGGUCAGCUGUUGAGGGCUUACAACCGAGGACCAGGUGGCUGGAGUGUCCAGUACCACUAUGAUGGGCUGGGCCGCAGGGUGUCUACUAGGAACAGCCUGGGACAGCACCUUCAGUUCUUCUAUGCUGACCUCAACCACCCCGCCAGGGUCACACACAUCUUCAACCAUUCUAGCUCUGACAUCUCCUCACUCUACUAUGACCUGCAGGGCCAUCUGUUUGCAAUGGAGGUGAGCAGUGGAGAGGAGUAUUACAUAGCAUCUGACAACACCGGCACACCGCUAGCUGUUUUCAGCAGCAAUGGACAAAUGAUCAAACAGGUCCAGUACACAGCCUAUGGAGAAGUGUACCUGGACUCUAACCCAGAGUUCCAGUUGGUGGUCGGGUUCCACGGUGGUCUCUAUGACCCCUUGACAAAGCUGGUCCACUUCACCCAGCGGGACUAUGACGUUUUGGCGGGACGCUGGACCUCACCCGACUAUGGUAUCUGGCCGAAGAUCGGAAAAGACCCUGCACCGUUCAACCUGUACAUGUUCAAGAACAACAACCCCCUCAGUGACAUGCUGGAUGUCAAGAACUAUGUCACCGAUGUGAAGAGCUGGCUGGUGAUGUUUGGCUUCCAGCUCAGUAACAUAAUCCCAGGGUUCCCUCGCCAUUCCCUCUACUUUGUAGAGCCUCCAUAUGAACUGCAGGCCACCCAGCACUGUGAGAAUGGACAGCUUAUCACAGGUGUGCAACAGGCAGCAGAGCGCCACAACCAGGCCUUCAUGGCCUUGGAGGGUCGUCUGCUCAACAAGGAACGUCGUGGACGCAAGGACAAGCCUGGCCACUGGUUUGGCACCAGCACUCCCAUCAUAGGCCGUGGAGUGAUGCUGGCACUGAAGGAGGGCCGCGUGGUGGCUGGAGUGUCAGCCAUGGCCAGUGACGAUAGCCGUAAAGUGGCUUUAGUGCUCAACGGUGCCCUCUACCUAGAUGGUACACAUUACACCCUGGACGGCAAGGACUGUCACUUCUUUGUGAAAGUGGGCUCUGCUGACAGUGACCUGUUGGCCCUGGGGCUCACUAAUGGGCGCAAGGCACUGGAGAGUGGCAUCAAUGUAACAGUGAGUGGUCGUUCAAGGAGAGGAGCAACUGUGGAGUUUGCAGUUCCCUCAUUAGCGCUGAGCAUUCGCUAUGGGCUUGCCCUGGAUGUAGUAGAUGAAGAGAAGGUAAGACUGUUGGAGCUGGCCAGGCAGAGGGCACUGGCUGGAGCCUGGGCCAGAGAGCAGCAGAGGGCCAGGGACGGAAAGGAGGGUAGUCGCCUGUGGACGGAGGGGGAGAGACAGCAACUUCUAACAACAGGCAGAGUGCAGGGCUAUGACGGCUAUUAUGUACUGCCUGUGGAGCAGUACCCAGAACUGGCUGACAGCAGCAACAACAUCCAGUUCCUUAGACAGAACGAGAUGGGCAAGAGGUAACAGCCCACCUGAACUUGUUUAAAGGGCAGACUCACUCUUCCCUUUCUCCUACUUUCACUUUCCCUUGACCCUGGUCCCUUUCCCACCCAGCCUCCUUGCCCCUACUCCUCUCAAAACCCACGGAGAAUUAACCAACAAACGGGGUUACUCACGGAACGCUGCAGGGACUUUUGAAAAGAAUGACUUAUCAGAAAAAAAACUGUUAUUGUUAAUUUUACUGCCACAGGCAAAAAAUUUAAAAUUUCUUUAAAGCUGUCAAGCGUUUCUUUUUUUGAAAACAAACUGAACAACUGAGAAAGCACUGAUGAACUUUGAGAACUGUUGCUUAAUGAAUAAGAAGAUUCCCCUUUUUAAAAAAGAUAUUGAUAUUUUCACCCAUAUUUUUUGGGUCACACUGAGAGCGGCCAUGACAGCUACUGAACACAUGGUGGAGUUGUGCUGCGCUGAGUUCUGCGGUGAAGGCUUGUCUCUAAUAGAAACUGAAGGCAAAGGGACCAAAAUGGAGGCAAAGCCACCCCAGAUUCCAGCCAGCCACAACUACGGAGCAAAAGAGGACAUCAGAAACAGCGACAGACAACAAAAUGUAAAAGGCCGUCCAAUACUAUGAGUCAUCUCCCUGUCUCAGGCCUCCCAUUGUCCACCAUGGACCUGUCCUCUGCUGCUGAGGCAGCAUAUAUCCAACCAAGCAACACACACAAGCUACAGGCAUCCUUGAACAAAAUCAAGAGUUAUUAAUGAACUUCAAAAAAAAAAAAUGAACUUUUUAAAAAAAACAC